UCACUCUUUCACACUUCUAACUUUCUUCUAGACUUUCAACACGCUCAAAAACACCAGCAAAAAUGGCUCUAAGUGCAACAAUCCGACGAACCGGCGGUUCGAUCGCCGGCGUGAACUCCACUAUCCGUCGAUUUGUCCACGUCACUCCCCGUCCGGCGCCACUAGAUAACGUGGUUAAUUUGCCGACGGCCACGUCACCGUCGUUAGUUUUACCUGAAAAUGACAACACUAACAGUAACAUAGGAUUCAUUGGUGGGUCCAUGGAACUUAUGGCUGUUCCUAAGAAGAAGACUUCCCCUCACAAGAGAGGCAUAAGGAAUGGACCAAAGGCUCUAAAACCCGUUCCGGUGAUCAUUCGUUGCAAGGUUUGUGGUCGAGUCAAGUUGCCACAUUUCUUCUGUUGCAGCGGGAUUAAGCAGAACCCUGGUGAAGACAACAAUUCUACCGGUUGAUCAAAUUAAAGGGAUCAUCCGACAUAUUUUCUUCAAUUUCAAAUCCCUUUCUUUGUGGUAGAAUCUUCAGUUAGAAACUAGGAAGGUUAUAUCAUGCCACAUUGUGUAACAAUAGUGUAGUCAUUGCAGCAUAUACUUAAGUCCAUGUUAAGUAGCACUAUAUCAGUUGUUUUAUCUCUAUCUUCCCUUGAAUUGGUGACAACUAAAUGUAGCCAAUUGCAGAAAAAUAAGAAUUAGAGACUAGAAAGGAUA